GGGCGGGCGCGGGGGCUGAGGGGCUCGGGUGGCGGGUGUUGUAUGGCUCCUGAAACUUGUUUGUGAGUGGUCUGAAAGGUGGCGGGAGGAGAGGGGCCGGGCUGGGGGUCGUCAGCCCGCAGGGCGCACGGAAAUAACUUUGAAACUCGAGCGCGUUUGGAAUCGGAAGUGCUGGGGGGGGCGCGUGUGAGGGCGCGGGCCGGCUGCGGGAAGUGGCGGCUCCGCAACGAGCGCCCGCCGGCGGCGCUGCUCUUUGUUCGGAGCCGGGCCGCCUCGUUUCGCGCCUUACACUGGGUCCGAGGUGGUUUAUCUGGACUAAGCUCUGAUAAGGCGGAGUCGGGCAGCGGGUCGGCCGACCGCGACGUCGAUUGUCUCCGCGGAGGUGUGAAGGUCUUCGCCCUGGGUGCCCUCAGGGAGGGCGGGGGUAGGUGUCCUCCGGGGAGAGUGCGCCGGGAGCAGCCGCCCAGCUUCAAUAAUUCACCAGCGGUGCCGGGUUUGGCUGUGGAGGAGGCGAGCCCACGCGCCGUUGGGGAGGAAACGGAAAGUGAAGGAACGGCGCGCCGGGGCGACGAUGGGCGCCCCCCGCGGCUGCCCGGGAGCACCGUGUGCGCGGCCGCCCCGGAGGCGAUGCGGACGAACAAAAGCUGUGGCCGCGGCUGGCCGGUUGCGGGGUCGAGCCGGGCGCCGGGGGUUGUCGGGGCCUGGUGUUGUGGGUUCACUGCCCUCGGUUUUGAGGUCCUGCGCGUUUGGCGCAGCUCCGGUUCUGCGCGCCGGGUCGUUCCCGCGGCCCGCGCGGGGAGCGUCUCGUCUCCACUCUCGGCGGGAGCGCGGCAGUUUAAGGCAGAUUGGCCGUUUUACCCAAGGCUCUGGUCCGCGCCCCUUUCGUGCCCCUUUGGGGACGGGCAGGAGUCACCUUGGCGUCUCCUUAACCUCUGUGCUCCCGGCGUCACCUCUGGCUUUCUCCCAGGGGUGACUCCCCCGGCGGAGUGGAGCUUGCGGCUGGGAUCUCCAGAAGGGCUCCAGCGGACCCCCUCUGGGCCCAGCCCGGGAACUAGUUGGGUGGGGGGAGGGUCAGCCCUCCCCACUGCGGACGUCCGCAUUCGCUUUCCUCCAAGGUGAUUUCCCGCCGGGAGCAAUAAAUAGCCCCAUGGAGCGCAUCCCCUACGGCCUCGGGCUGCGGGACUGAGAAAGCCCCGUGGACUUCGGGGCGGCCUCCCGCGGGACUUUGCCCGCCAAAUGCAGUGAGGCAGGCCCGCGCAUCAAGGCCUGGGGUGGGGGCGUCAGGACGCCCGGAAAGACUGGCGCGCAACUCGCGCAGGCGGGGGCCAGCGCGGCCUGCCGCCUCGGGGUCUCCAGGGUCAGGGGCGCACUCGGCGGCCCUGGGCCACGUGCUCCGCGCGCGCGGUGCGUGCCGAGGCCCGCGCGCAAAGCCCGCCGGGCGGGGGCUGCGCGCCUGCGCGCCGCGUUCUCCCCGCCCCCACCCUCUCCCCGGGGCUUCGGCCGCCAGGGGGCGGGAGCGGGCGGCACCGGAGUUCGCGGCCCGCCAGCCGGUGGUAAUGGGGCCGACAGGUGCCCCGGUGCCGCUCACUGGACGGAGUCCGAGCUGCGCCCGGCCCGACGCCUGUUUGUUGUGUUGGCGGCCGGAUCGGCACGGCCAGGUGGAAAAAGUUACCGGGCUUCGGGGCGCCCGCGGCGGCGUUGCCCUUUGGAAAGCGAACCGGGUCCGCUCCUCGAGGUGCGGUCUGACGGGCCCUGAGAGCCGCCGCGCGGACGACGAGAGGCCGGGAGGGAGAUGGGGCGCCGGGCGGCGCGUUUCUGAAUGGCGGUCGAGUUCCUUAAGCCCGGACACGUUUCCCGGCGACGACCUGCGACCUCCUGGGACAGCUGUCACAUAUAGGGAAUUGGACUUAAAGGAGAAGAAGGAAGUUGUGGAGGAGGCCGAGAAUGGAAGAGACGCGCCUGCUAACGGGAACGCUGUGAGGAAGAGGAUGGAGACGAAGACGAGGAGGCCGAGGCAGCUACGGGCAAACGGGCAGCUGAAGACGAUGAGGAUGACGAUGUCGACACCAAGAAGCAGAAGACCGAUGAGGAUGACUAGACAGCAAAAAAGGAAAAGUUAAACUUAACAAAAAAAAAAGGCCACCGUGACCUAUUCACCCUCCACUUCCCGUCUCAGAAUCUAAACGUGGUCACCUUCGAGUAGAGAGUCCCGCCCGCCUGCCCAACGCGGGCAGCGCCACCCGCAGAUGACACACGCUCUCCGCCACCCAGCCAAAACCACAACGUGAAUUUGCAACAGGGGAGGAAAAAAGAACCAAAACUUCCAAGGCCCUGCUUUUUUUCUUAAAAGUACUUUAAAAAGGAAAAUUUGUUUGUAUUUUUUAUUUACAUUUUAUAUUUUUGUACAUAUUGUUAGGGGUCAGCCAUUUUUAAUGAUCUCGGAUGACCAAACCAGCCUUUGGAGCGUUCUCUGUCCUACUUCUGACUUUACUUGUGGUGUGACCAUGUUCAUUAUAAUCUCAAAGGAGAAAAAAAACCUUGUAAAAAAAGCAAAAACAACAACAAAAAAACAAUCUUAUUCCGAGCAUUCCAGUAACUUUUUUUGUGUAUGUACUUAGCUGUACUAUAAGUAGUUGGUUUGUAUGAGAUGGUUAAAAAGGCCAAAGAUAAAAGGUUUCUUUUUUUCCUUUUUUGUCUAUGAAGUUGCUGUUUAUUUUUUUUGGCCUGUUUGAUGUAUGUGUGAAACAAUGUUGUCCAACAAUAAACCGGAAUUUUAUUUUGCUGAGUUGUUCUAACAAA